AGAGUGGGAGUUGACUGUUUUUGCAAGACAAUAAACAAACACAAGACAUUGGGAAAAGCGAGAUUUUCAUUACCAAAAAGUAGAUUAGAUAAUAGAUUUGCUCAUUUUGGAGGUGACAUUAUCUCUUUCCCACACGUGUUGAUUAACCCAUCAACUUCUUUUUAUUUUUUAUUAUUAUUAUAAGGUUUUUUAUUCAUAGUUACCCCAAAGAUUCCAAAAAGAGUGUUGCCUUUUCUGUUCUGGAUGCUCUUUCAUUUUCUUGUUCUGACCUUCUUGCUUCUGGGGAUUCUUUCUUGGUGGUCUGAAAAGAGCUUAUGCUAAGCUUAUCACUAUUUAAUCAGCAUUUUGAGUUCAAGUUCCUGAAAUUUCUUAUACCCUUUGACUACCUAAUGGCUAAUUACUAAUACUGGAUGAGUGCAACGAACCAAUUGCCAGAUCUCUAUCUAUUGUAUUUUCUGGAUCUGAUAUUCAACCCUUUCCUUACGAACACUCUUCACCUUUUUUAUUUAUAAUUGUUUUGGGAAGAUAUUCAUCACUCUGGAUUUGUUGCUUCCUGUAGCUAAUUUCUUGUUCCUAUUUAUUGUGAUAAAGAGCACUUUGGUCUGCUUCCUUUUUUCUGCAAUGUGUACCCUUCAUAAAAGUAAUAAUUAAUUUGCAGACUUAGGACCAUUUUACCUUGAACUACGAAGGUUAUGCAUUGUCUUGCAAAAUCUAUCUUCUACUUUGUUAAUUGUGUAUGAGUUUGCAAGCUCGUGCUCUCAUUUGUAUGCUCAUUUGCUUAUGAAAAUGUGUUAUAAGUUAAGCUCUGAUGUAAAGAAUAUGAUCUAUUUUCUUGGUUAAAAGGAUAUCUUCUAUAUGUGGUUGUAGGUGCUGUUGCAUUAUAGAAGAAUUCAUUAAGACAACAAUAUCAUCCGCAAGCUUUCAGGGCUAAGAAUUGCUCUGUUAAAAGAAGAGCACACUUUUGGUUGAAACUAUAUACAGACAUGGUUCAAAAACUAGAAGCUAUCAAGGGUGGUGGAGGAUCCAUCAAGGUGGGGACAACAGGAACAAUCAGUGCCUUGAUGACAAGGGAAUUGGAAUCCAUUAAAUCUGCACCGCAAGUAUCCGUAUUUCAUCAAGAUAAGCCUAAAACUGUUCCUGUUUCAGUUCCCUGUAGUGCGGAUUCUCCUAAAAGACAAGCAAGAAAAUCAUCAGAUGAAGCAAGCAGCAGUGGCUGUAGCAAUACCAUUAAUCGUAGAAGCCCUGAAACACCUCGGAAAAUGAAAAGCUUUAGCAAAAGCACUCACCGAAUGCCAAUGCUCCGCUCUGAGAAUGUUACAUUGGAUAGAACUCCUAGUAGGGAGAAAACAAACAAGAAAGGACCUAACAUUGUGGAAGUUGUGGACAUAAAAUGUGGUCACCCAGAUAAAGCAUGGGCUAGCCCUAUAACAAGUAAACUCAAGAAGCUUGGUUUCUCAAAGCUAUCUGAGAGCAUCAUCUAGGCUUGCAAGUUCUUGACAUCAGAUUUCAGGUUCCUAUAACUGAACCCUGAAAUCCCAAUUGGCCGGUUGGUUUCUGACACUUCCACCAUAGAGCAAAUGCUUGGUAGAAGCUUGUUGCCUCCUUUCUUUUUCUUUUUUGGGGUUGUUAUCACUGAUCCAAGAGGGGGUCUGGAUUGACUACUAGUCAAAGCU